AUGAAUGUGAUGUUGAAGUUGGAGAAGAAGAAAGACAAACCAGCCAUGUCACGUCUGGCUGCCUGUGAAGCCUGUAGAAAGGCUAAGCUAGCAUGCGAUCACCAACUGCCUGUCUGCACGCGUUGUAGUACCAGCAAAGGGAUCUGCAUCUACAGAACCACGCCCUUUAAGCGGAAAAGGGUCGAGAAACAAAGCCUUGGCUCACCAGAUGAAUCACCGUCAUUUAAUCCAAGACGUAAUCCAUACCCAAACCCUGGGUAUCUAGGGUCGUCUAGCCAUGCAGCUAUAUUCAAGCACAUUACUCCGGAUGGAGACCAUGGCCCUGGUAGUCAUCAAGUAGUACCAGAGGACCUGCACUCGGACUUAUUCGGGGACAACCAUCUGGUCUUACAAGGCGCAGAUAUCCUCAAACAUCUGUUGACAACAUACAAGUUGUCUGCCAUGAAAGACCUCGUCAUGUUCUGGCUAGCCAAAGGAGCCAACCUAGCCUUAGCAGAGCCUUUUGUUGACCAAUGUGCGCAGAGUGUGAGCCAACUGUUCACUUAUCACGACGAAAACUGGCAUCUAGUCUAUGCAAGGCGACUCUUGCAGAACUCGGCCCAGCCGCUGCAUUUCAAUGAUACCUCUGACCUAGCUAGUUUCUCGGCUCAAUUUCUAGAUCACAAUUCUCGUUGGGAGACAUUGGGGAUAUUCUUUGCCGCUGUCAGUCGAGCGACAAUUGACAUUGCGUUCUUCCCGUCUCUAUAUAUGACUGCGCAAGAGCAGUACACACUCCGAAGACUAUGUACCAAACUUUGUGACUUCGCGUUGGAGAUAUCACUCUCUCUAGAUUGCCUAAAUGAUCUACAGCUGAUCAUGCAAUACGAGAAUUUUAUCGUCCAUUCCUACGUGGACGGAGAUCAGAGCUACCAUUCCUGGCGCAAACUAGGCGACGCAAUAUCCUCAACAUUUGCCCUAGGCUAUCAUGAGAACAUCGAAAUAAAACCAGGACUCCCGCGAUUCCUGAAAGAACUGCGCAAAACAGCCUUCGCGCGCAUCUACUCCGCAGACAAGAACAUAGCAAUAUUCCUCGGCCGCCCACCACGAAUGAACAAACGCUUCUGCCACUUCCAGAUCCCGUCUUGCCGGAACGCAGAAGAAGGCUCAGCAGACUGGGCUCCAGACGCGGAGUCCGGGUACCGGGCUGAUACGCGGUGGUCUGCGCUGUGCGCAUCGCUGAAGGAGGAGAUCUGGGAGCUUCUUCAGGACAAGCAUGAUCCGUCAUGUGCACAACGAGCAAGGUAUUUAAACGCAACACCCGCACCGUCUCAGUGGAUACCAUGGCUAAUUAAGAAAUGGCACAGCGUGAUACAAUGUCAAGCAGAGAGACAGUGGCAAAACCUACCAGCCCACUUCCGACUCGAGAGCAGUCUGAAGCAAUGUACACAAGGACCCUUUGAGCGAGACUUCGUCGCUGGCGUACGACUGCACCACUUACAUGUGCUAUUCUUGCUCCGCCUUUUGCUUCUUAAAUCACCGACUGAGCCCGAUCUACCGAUCAUCGAGACGGCGGGUCAGAUGCUCACGCUGGUGGUGGAAAUUAUUUUACUGCGGGAUCAGCUCACUAAUUCGGGGACGGGUCUUAUUUGGAAGGUUGCAUACUACGGUCUCCCCGCAGCGGGGAUAAUGCUUUUGGCAAUGCUGAAACAGCACAUGCCACGAGCGCACCGGACACGGACGUUACAAGAUCUCAGUGUGUUUGUAGCGGAGGUGCAGAUCGGGACAAUUGUUAAAGCCGGCGAUCCGAAUUACGCAUUGCUUUCUAAGGCUACGCGGACUAUACAGCGUUUUCUAGACUCGACUCAUUCGGACCCGGCGCAGCCUCUGCCUGAACAGGCUGGAAAUGAGGGGAAUGAUGAGUGGGCGGCGCUGUUGAGUCAGGAUCUGUGGGAUUUCGAGGCUGGGUUUUGGCAGAGUCUGGCGGAUCACCCGUCUUUGUUGGCGAUUGAGCCUUCUUUGCCUCCAGUUUAG